CUUCGUUUUCUGAAUGAAUCUCAUCAAAUUUCUUCCUUCUUGAACCCAAUCUCUCCAAGAUUUCGCUGUUUUUGAAACCAAUCUCAUCAUCGCCAAUGUGACCUAACUCAGCAAACACAAAAGUAGAUAUGUUCAUUUGAGACAUUUGUUACCCAGAUCUCUUCUCAAACUAAAUUGCACAUCAAUAUCGUCAAAACCCAUCACCACACUCUCUCUCGCGUUCCCAAUUUUUAGGGUUUCUGUGACAUAAAUCUCAAUUCAACAGAGAGAGAGGAGAGAGGGAGAAAUGGCUGGAGAUGAUAUGCCGGAAGGGACGGUGAGAAAUGUGUUGGAACAAGAGACUCUGAAGUGGGUUUUCGUUGGUGGCAAGGGUGGUGUUGGGAAAACUACAUGUAGUUCUAUUUUAUCAAUCCUUUUGGCCUCUGCCAGAUCUUCUGUUCUUAUUAUUUCAACUGACCCAGCUCAUAAUCUCAGCGAUGCUUUUCAACAGAGAUUCACCAAGGCUCCUACUUUGGUUAAUGGGUUCACUAAUUUGUAUGCUAUGGAGGUGGAUCCCAAUGUGGAGGAUGGAGAAGAAGGACCAGAUGCAAUGGACGGUUUCCUGUCGGAUUUAGCGAAUUCAAUUCCUGGAAUUGAUGAAGCUAUGAGUUUUGCUGAGAUGCUAAAGUUGGUGCAAACAAUGGAUUACUCCGUGAUAGUUUUUGAUACUGCUCCCACUGGUCACACACUUCGGCUGUUGCAAUUUCCGUCAACCUUGGAGAAAGGACUUGCGAGAAUGAUGACCCUAAAGAGUAAAUUUGGUGGCUUGUUGGGUCAGAUGAGCCGUAUGUUUGGUGUUGGAGAUGAGUUAGGCGAGGAUGCAAUCCUCGGAAGGCUCGAGAGUAUGAAGGGUGUAAUUGAACAAGUGAACCGGCAGUUCAAAGAUCCGGACUUGACGACUUUUGUAUGCGUAUGCAUCCCAGAAUUCCUUUCUUUAUAUGAGACAGAGAGAUUGGUGCAGGAACUCACUAAAUUCGAGAUAGAUACACAUAAUAUCAUUAUCAACCAAGUAAUUUUUGAUGAAGAAGGUGUUGAAUCCAAGUUGCUCAAAGCUAGAAUGAAAAUGCAACAAAAAUACCUCGAUCAGUUCUACAUGUUAUAUGAUGAUUUCCACAUUACAAAGUUGCCGUUGCUGCCAGAGGAGGUUUGUGGGGUCGAAGCUCUAAAAGCAUUUUCGAAGCACUUUCGACGACCAUACGAACCGUUGCUUACUCGAGGAACCGUAGAAGAGCUAGAGCUCAGAGUUUCAAGGUUACAAGGACAACUUAGAGAUGUGGUAUCAGAACUAGAAAAGGCCAGAAAAGGGAAACAAGUACUCUAAAAACAACGAUUUUCUCUCUUCAUGAAAUUUUGAUAUUUUCUUUUUGGAAAGAGGAUGGAACCUCAG